GCUGGAACCUAAGCUUAUGUUGGGAGAAAUCUGGGCAUGUAGGCCAUAGAAAUUCAAAAAUAAUAUUAGAACACAAGGAAUGAUUAUCCUUAUAACCAUUGUUAAGUGCUUUGAGAAUCCAGAUAAGGAUAUAAAAAUCACUUUAUAAGGAGCUUUCAUAACAAUUUUCUGACAGAGCUUUCUGGGGUAUAAAACAUGUUAAUUUUUCACUGCUUUUCUUUUCCCUUUUUUUUAGGUUGUAGACAUGGCCUUUUAUAAUUGGAGUAGCAUUAAUGUCACUUAGGUCCAUCACUGACACAACUUUUAUUAUGCACUAAUUACAACAUAUCAUAUCAGUAGGCAAUUCAUGAUAUGAUAUGUGUCCGUCACUUCUCAUGUUUUACUAGGCAAGCACGUCACUCCCGUGGUUCCUAGAAGCAUCUCACUUUGAAUUUUCAAGCCGUCUACCCCACACCACCACUAUUGAUUUAAACUGCUGCUGAUUAUUUAUCAAAUAUAUAUACACACACCCAAAUACGCUGCUGAUGACCCACCACAACUCUUAUGAUGCCAUGAAUUGUGCUCUACUGUGGCCACACUUCAUAGAUAAGGUGGGUUGUUUUUUCAAAUGAAAAAGAUGAUUUGACUACUAACACAGUUAAAACCAUGCCUGUCCAAAAUUUUGACUGUACACUAGAAUUUUGCCAUGCCAAAACAACUCACUGGCUGCUCGGGUCAUGUCCUACUAGCAAGACACUUCAAAGCAUCAUUGCAGGAUCCAAUUCUUCAUGGAAAUCACCUUCUGGUGAUUUUGCUUUUGGGUUCUACCCUCUUUUCACCGGCAAAUACCUUGUUGGAAUUUGGUUUGAUAAGAUCUCAGAGAAAACUCUGGUUUGGUCAGCAAAUCGUGAUGAUCCAGCUGGCAAAGGAUCCUCCAUCAAGUUAUCACUCACUGGCCAACUAGUGCUCACACACUCAAAUGGGACUGAACUUUUCAUAUACAAUGGCACAUCUACAAAUUCAGCUUCAAUGACAGAUGAUGGCAAUUUUGUAUUGCAAAACCUUUCGUCGGGAAGUAUCUGGGAGAGUUUCCAUUUCCCCACGGACACUAUUUUAUUAGGACAAGCUUUGGUGAUGGGCCAGAAGCUCUAUUCCAAUGCAAAUGACACAGUUGACUACUCGACUGGCCGAUAUGCAUUAGAGAUUCAGGAAAUGGAUGGGAAUGUUCUACUCUAUGCUUUUCGUUUUAGUGAUCCUGCUUACUGGUACACUGCUACUAAAGGCAAUGUGAGCCUAGUUUUCAACCAGACCACAGCUUUCAUGUUUGUUAUUUCUGUGGAAGACAAUUCAACCACAUUUAAUAUGACGAGUACGGUGCCCACUCCUAUUAGUGAUUACUACCACCGAGCAACUAUCAAUGACAAAGGAAAUUUCCAACAGCUAGCUUUCUAUAAAGGAAAUGGUGCCAGCCAAUGGGAUGUUGUAUGGGAGGCAAUUAGCCAGCCUUGCACUGUGUAUGAUAUUUGUGGGGUUUUUGGCUUUUGCACUUCACCUGAUAAUAAAAUAGUCAACUGCACAUGUUUGCCUGGUUGUUCACCUUGGGAUCCAAACAUUCCUUCCAAAGGAUGUUACCCCAAUGUAGUGAUGGAUUUUUGUGCACCAAAUUCUUUGGCUUCAGAUUUCACUAUUGAAAGACUUGAUGAUUCUGAUUUCCCAAACUUUGAUUUUGCAAAUUUGGCGAAAAUUGAACAAACAGAUGAAGAUGGUUGCAGGAAGGAAGUGAUGGAUGACUGUUUCUGUGUGGCUGGUGUUUUUAACGGCGCUACAAAUGUUUGUUACAAGAAGAGAAUGCCUUUGGUGAAUGGAAGAAGAAGCAACCCUGCCACUAAUAAUAUGGUGACAUUUCUAAAAGUCCCUGUGAAAGAAAACAGUUGGAGCCGUAAGGAUAAAAAGGAAUCUCCAUCCAGUGCUGUUCUGCUAGCAAGCUUUUUGUCAUGCUCGGUACUUGCUGUGCUGUUUGCAGCCAUUGCCAUUUAUCAUCACCCUCUGGGUCAGCGUUAUAUACGUGUUCAGCCACCUCCAAAACGGAAGCCAAUGGAGCUAAACUUGAAGGCAUUUUCAUUCCAAGAUUUGCAAGGAGCAACAAAUGGAUUUGAGAAUAUAUUAGGCCAAGGAGCAUUUGGUACUGUUUACAGUGGGUUUCUAACCAUAGAAGAUGAAGAGGUUGAGGUAGCUGUUAAAAAGUUGGAGAAGGUGAUUGAACGAGGUGAGAAGGAAUUCCUGACAGAAGUACAAGUAAUAGCUUUGACCCAUCACAAGAAUCUUGUGCGGUUAUUGGGCUACUGUAAUGAGCAAAAUCACCGGCUUCUGGUUUAUGAGCUAAUGAAGAAUGGGACUUUAUCCAACUUCCUAUUUGGGGAAGGGGAAAGACCCAGCUGGGAAAGUAGAGCUGAAAUUGCUCUUGGGAUUGCAAGAGGCUUGUUAUAUUUGCAUGAAGAGUGUGAUACCCAGAUCAUUCAUUGUGACAUAAAGCCACAAAAUGUUCUUCUUGACAACAAUUACACUGCUAAGAUAGCAGAUUUUGGCCUAGCAAAGCUACUGAUGAAGGAUCAAACUCGAACAAACACCAAUGUAAGAGGAACUAUGGGAUAUAUAGCACCAGAAUGGCUAAAAAAUGCACCAGUAACGACCAAGGUGGAUGUUUACAGCUUUGGGGUCAUGUUGCUUGAGAUUAUCUUUUGUAGAAAGCAUAUGGAGUUGCAUCCAGGUGAUGAAUCAAUGGAGGUUGAGUACACAAUUCUAACAGAUUGGAUUUUGAGCUGUCUGAGAGCUGGGAACUUAGAAACCACUGUAAGUCAUGAUUUUGAACUUUUGAGUGAUUACAAAAGGUUUGAGAGGAUGGUUAUGGUUGGAGUAUGGUGCAUAUGUUCUAAUCCAACUCUACGGCCAUCUAUGAAGAAGGUUGUUCAGAUGUUAGAAGGAACUGUUGAAGUUGAUGUUCCCCCUCUGAAUGAUGCACAAAUGUUUUAAGAGAAGUUUUACCACCCUCUGUUUAUGUUUCCAGUUUCGAUUUAGCUUGUGAACUACUUCAAUUUGCAGCAUGGUUUAUACUUUUUUUAUUUUU